UUAAUUACAUUUUCAAAUGAAGGGUUAAAAAAAGAGAUAAGCCUGGGAUUUCUAAUUCGGGGGCCAUGGGACUUCUCCCCUCCAACUGCAAAUUGUAGCAAUCUGCCGGGUACACGCAUGGGCGGGUCAUACUCCACGGGUUCCGGUUUCCACUCCCCGCGAACCAAAAGCCAAAGAGGCUCACGCACGAGCCCGGAAGUGAGGGAAGGAAGACUUUCGUUCGCAGCCACCUCCCAGCUGGAACCUCAUCCUUAGUGCUCGACCCCGGGCGGUGUUAACUCGGGGUUCCGCCUCGGAAUGCCUCCACUUCUCUCGUCUAAGAGGAGCAGUAGCAACCUGAGCUCAGAGCGAAGCUAGCGAGCCAAAGACUCUCAGUGGGAAUGCCCAGACGGUGCAUUCCCCACGCCCCUCGGAACCGACUCUCAUUGCUGCUGCUGCAAAAGCGACCGGUCGUGCGCCACCCGCCCGACUGAGGCUGCGCAAGCCCGGGGGUCUGGGUGGGGUGGUCCUCGUGCGCGCCGCGUCGCCGUGGAGACAAGGGCGGGCCCGGCGCGAGACUGGCGUCUAGAGGCGCGCGAAGCGCUGAGGCUGGCGUGGGCCGCGCGGGAGUUACGAAGCAGGUCCCGGACCGCCCUCUCCCGCCGGGUUUUCUCCCAGCGUCAGGCCCGAUGGCUCGGCUUCCCCAGAAAUAGUCACUUAGAUGACCUCUGUUACUUGGAGUGUGGUAUCAGAAAAUCUAGGACAUUGGUUUGAUUUAGAAGGGGAAGAUAAAAUACUUUGAUUCAAGAAGAAUCUGCUCACUGUGAAGUGUGUAUCAAGCCACAAUUUCCAUCAAAAAGUGAUUAAGCAGAGGAUGGAGAAGAAGGUUGAUUCCAGGUAUUUUAGGGAUGGUGCAGUUAAGAAACCUUACUCUGCAAAGACACUGUCCAACAAGAAGUCUUCUGCAUCCUUUGGGAUCCGGAGGGAGUUACCUAGUACCAGUCACCUAGUGCAGUAUCGUGGCACACAUACUUGUACCCGACAGGGCCGGUUAAGAGAACUGCGCAUCAGAUGCGUGGCCAGAAAGUUCUUAUAUUUAUGGAUUCGAAUGACUUUUGGAAGAGUAUUUCCCUCUAAAGCCAGAUUUUACUAUGAGCAGCAAUUACUACGGAAGGUCUUCGAAGAAUGGAAAGAAGAGUGGUGGGUUUUCCAUCAUGAGUGGAAACUCUGUGUUCGAGCUGACUGUCACUACAGGUAUUACCUGUAUAACCUGAUGUUCCAGACCUGGAAGACCUACGUGCGUCAGCAGCAGGAGAUGAGGAACAAGUACACUAGAGCCGAGGUUCAUGAUGCAAAACAAAAGAUGCGACAGGCCUGGAAGUCCUGGUUGAUCUACGUAGUUGUUCGUAGGACCAAACUUCAGAUGCAGACUACGGCUCUGGAGUUUAGGCAACGGAGUAUCUUAAGGGUGUGGUGGAGCAUGUGGAGGCAGCAACUAGGACAGGUCCGUGUGAGCCGUGCCCUCCAUGCCUCUGCUGUGAAGCACAGGGCCCUGAGCCUCCAGCUGCAGGCUUGGUCACAGUGGCGGGAACAGCUCCUGUAUGUCCAGAAGGAGAAACAGAAGGUCGUCUCCGCGGUGAAACACCAUCGGCACUGGCAAAAACAGAGAUUUCUGAAGGCCUGGCUUGAAUACCUGCAAGUUCGCAGAGUGAAGAGACAGCAGAAUGAGAUGGCUGAGCGAUUCCAUCAUGUCACCGUGCUCCAGAUACACUUCUGUGACUGGCAGCAGGCCUGGGAGCAGAGGCAGAGCUUGUAUGCCUACCAUGCCCAGGUGGAGAAACUGGCCAGGAAGAUGGCCCUGCGGCGCACCUUUACUCACUGGAAACACUAUAUGCUGCUGUGUGCAGAAGAAGCUGCCCAGUGUGAGAUGGCAGAAGAGCACCACAGGCACAGCCAGCUGUAUUUUUGCUUUAGAGCCCUAAAAGACAAUGUGACCCACGCCCAUCUCCAGCAAAUAAGAAGGAAUCUCGCUCACCGGCAGCAUGGUGUCACGCUGCUGCACAGGUUCUGGAACCUCUGGCAGUCUCAGAUUGAGGAGAAAAAGGAAAGAGAGCAGCUGCCCUUACUGCAUGCUGCCUGGGACCACUACAGGAUAGCACUGCUGUGCAAGUGUAUCAAAUUGUGGCUACAGUAUACUCAGAAGAGGCGGUACAAACAGCGGCUACAGGCCAGAGCGGAUGGUCAUUUCCAGCAGAGAACCCUGCCUGCUGCCUUCCACACGUGGAAGAGACUCUGGCGAUGGCGCCAGCAGGACAAUGUCCUCAAUGCAAGAGCAACACGUUUCCACAGGGAGACAUUAGAGAAGCAAGUAUUUUCUAUCUGGAGGCAGAAGACGUUUCAGCAUCAAGAAAACCGCCUGGCAGAGAGAAUGGCCAUCCUCCACGCAGAGCGACAGCUUCUGCAUAGGUCUUGGUUCACGUGGCACCAGCAGGCAGCAGCACGUCACCAGGAGCAGGAGUGGCAAGCAGCGGCCUGUGCUCACCACCGCCAUGGGCGGCUCAAGAAAGCUUUCUGCCUCUGGAGGGAAAGUGCCCAAGGGCUCAGAGCAGAGAGGACGGGCAGGGUGCGGGCAGCAGAAUUCCACGUGGCCCAGCUCCUGCGCCGGGCCUGGAGCCAGUGGAGGGAGUGCCUGGCCGUGCGGGGGGCGGAGCGGCGGAAGCUGACGCGAGCAGAUCGGCACCACCAGCAGAGAGUGCGGCACAGGGCGCUGCAGGCGUGGGCGACUUACCAGGGCAGGGUACGGAGCAUCCUCCAGGAGGUGGCAGCCAGGGAGAGCCAGCACAACAGGCAGCUGCUGCGAGGGGCAUUGCGUCGCUGGAAAGAGAACACCAUGGCCCGAGUGGAUGAAGCCAAAAAAACCUUUCAAGCAAGUGCUCAUUACAGAAGGACCAUAUGUUCCAAGGUCCUGGUCCAGUGGCGGGAAGCUGUGUCAGUGCAGAUAUAUUACCGACAACAGGAGGACUCUGCCAUCUGGGAGGCCCGGAAGGUGCUGGACAGGGGCUGUCUGCGGACCUGGUUUCAGCGCUGGCGGGACUGCAGCCGGAGGUCAGCCCAGCAGAGACUGCAGCUGGAGAGGGCAGUCCAACACCACCGCCGACAGCUGCUGCUGGAGGGGCUGGCCCGGUGGAAGAUGCACCAUCUGGAAUGUGUCAGGAAGAGGCUCCUGCACAGGCAGAGUACCCAACUGCUGGCACAGAGACUCAACCGGACCUGCUUCCGCCAGUGGAGACAACAGCUGGCAGCCAGGAGGCAGGAGCAGCAGGCGACAGUGCGGGCCCUGUGGUUCUGGGCCUUUUCGCUGCAGGCAAAGGUGUGGGCCACGUGGCUGGCCUUUGUACUGGAAAGGAGGAGGAAGAAGGCGCGGCUGCAGCGCGCGCUCCAGGCCUACCAGGGGCAGCUCCUCCAGGAGGGUGCCACACGGCUCCUGCGCUUUGCAGCCAGCAUGAAGGCCUCCCGGCAGCAGCUGCAGGCCCAGCAGCAGGUCCAGGCGGCUCACAGUCUCCAUCGUGCCGUCCGCCGCUGUGCCACGCUCUGGAAACAGAAAGUGCUGGGCCGGGGCGGGAAGCCUCAGCCCCUGGCAGCCGUCGCAUCCAGCAGGAAGGUGACGUUUGAGGAUCCCCUUCUCAACUGCAUUGCCGCUGGGGCUGGGGAUGCCACCGUGGGGACCAAGAGGCCACAGGCUCCUCUGCUUCAGGGAGCUCUGGGCCGCCUGGCUGCUGAGGAGCCCCACACCCGGGAACUCAACACUGCCCACUCAGCGAGGAAGCAGCCGCGACGCCCACACUUCCUGCUGGAGCCUGCGCAGAGCCAGAGGUCCCUGGGGUGUGGCACCAUGGGCAGACAGGGGCCUCAGAAGCCCAAGGAACAUGGCCUAGGUAUGGCUCAGCCAGCAGGCCCCUCCCUGACGCGGCCCUUCCUGGCAGAGGCCCCGACAGCACAAGUCCCACACAGCCCCAUGCCUGGGGCCCUGUCAAGCGCCCCUGGCCCAAAGCAGAUCCCGACGGCAAACACAGGCCCGGAGCUGCUGCUGCUGCCUCCUUCCUCCUUCAUGCCCUGCGGGGCAGCUGCACCAGCCAGGGCGUCAGCACAGCCGGCUACUCCUAGGGAUAAGCCCCAGGUCCCCCCAUCCCUGGCCAGUGUCCCUGACCCCCAUCUACUCCUUCCUGGGGACUUCUCAGCCACCAGGGCUGGGCCUGGGCUUUCAACUGCAGGCAGCCUGGACCUUGAGGCUGAACUUGAGGGGAUCCAGCAGCAACUACUGCACUACCAGACCACCAAGCAGAACCUCCGAAAAAAAAAAAAGUGCAGAGGAGACAGGCCCGAGACCCGCUGCACUCAAUGGUCUGGGGACCAUCAUCAUGCAGCAGCUUCAGAGCUUCGACAGCAACAGACUCUGGCGUCUCAUCCUUGCCUCUGCACAGGGGAAGAGAGACAAGAAGUGUGUUUUCGCCCAGGCCCACCUGAGUUGCUGUCUGCUAGGGAGGGCGGAGGAGACUGGGAGAGGAAAAAGAAGUGUUCGGCUCCCAAGCAGGGGCCUGCAGCUCAGGUCAGGGGCCCUACCAGACCGCCUUUCUCUCUCCACCCGAUACCCGCAUCAGAAUUAGCUGAGGUGCCGCUCUCUGAGCUGGAUGGGGCUCUGCCAAGGACCCAGCCUGGCAGGCAGCAGGUAUCUCCACCCCUCAGGUCCUGUCAGCGGCAAGCGAGCAGCCUGCGCAGGUGGCUGGAGCUGAGCAGAGAGGAGCCUGGACCCGAGGACCAGGAAGUAGAGCAGCAGGUGCAGAAAGAGCUGCAAGAGGUGGAACUGCAGAUCCAGCAGCUGGCAGAGGAGCUCCAGGCUCAGCGCCAGCCCAUUGGCACCUGCAUUGCUCGCAUCCAGGCCCUGCGGCAGGCCCUGUGCUAGCGUGUUUGCCCCAGGGAUGCAGGUGCUGGGCUGUCGGGGAGGCCUAGGCCACCUCCAGGAACAGAACACAAAGUUAUAAGUUUUAUUUUUUUAUUUCAAAAUGUUUUGCCAUUAAAUGAAUUACUGUUCA